AACACAGAACCCAACAUUUCAAAGAACACACAUCGCGUGCUUGUUUUGUGGUGAAAUAGCGCUGCACCGCAGUCGAUAAACCAGCGUAAAACGAUGGUGCAAAUAGAGGAAAAUAAAGUGAUUGCUAUCGGUGAUGUGUUAAAUAACCGAGAGCGACCGCUAAAAGAGCGAUUUCGAGCAUUAUUCACCCUGCGAAACAUUGGCGGUGACCGUGCAGUCGAGUCCAUCGGCCGGUGUUUUGAUGAUGAGUCGGCAUUGCUGAAACACGAGCUGGCCUACUGUCUGGGCCAGAUGCAGGACGUUCGAGCCAUUCCCGUGCUGACCCGUGUACUGGCGGACGUGCAGCAAGAACCGAUGGUACGGCACGAGGCAGCCGAGGCGCUCGGUGCCAUCGGGGACAGCUCAGUCGAGGAAACGUUGGUAGCCUUCAGUAAGGAUCCUGUGGUUGAGGUAGCGGAAACGUGUGAAAUUGCACUGGAACGUGUACGAUGGCUGAAGGAAAAGCAAGCGGCCGAAGCACUGAAAGAUAACAACCCGUACGCCUCGGUCGAUCCAACGCCACCGGCUGCUUCCAAGAGUGUUGAAGAGUUACAGCGAAUCCUCAUGGAUGAGUCGGACACGCUUUUCAACCGCUAUCGAGCCAUGUUUGCGCUGCGUAAUCUGCGCACAGAGCAAGCAACUCUGGCACUGGCCACCGGACUGAAAGGUAAGAGUGCACUGUUCAGGCACGAGGUUGCGUUUGUGCUGGGACAGCUGCAGGAGGAGUGCAGUGUGCCGUUUUUGAUAGAAAAUUUGCGCGAUCCGGCCGAAAACGAGAUGGUGCGACACGAGUGUGCGGAAGCGCUUGGCGCUAUCGCGACGGACGAAUGCACCAAGGUGCUGAACGAAUAUCUGCUGGACGAAAAGCGCGUGGUAAAGGAAAGCUGCGAAGUAGCGCUGGAUAUGUGCGAAUACGAAAACAGUCCCGAGUUCCAGUAUGCCGAUACGCUGGUUAAGGUGAACGAAGCAUAAUGUAUUACAACAGGUGCGUGUGUAUAAUGUGUAAAUAUACAACUGCCCGACACAAAACACGUCAAUGGGUGCGUUUCACAUAGAAAGCUGUAUUUCAUCAUGCCCCUUUCUCCACAAGUUUUACGCGUUAUUACGGUAUUUUCUAUAACUAAUUGGCAAAGGAAAUAAAAACCCCGAAGAAAAUUUAUCACAA